AUGUCUUCAUUUGAACCUAUUGUGGCCAUUUUUGGUUCCAGCAAAAGUAUUUCAACUAUUAAUUUACGAUUACCAAUUUCUUUCGUACUUGCUAUUGAUGAAGCAUCACUCAAACGUUUAAUCAAUGUCGAUCCAGAAUCUUUUGAUACAUGUUUACAUCGAUAUUUUGUCAUUCUUCUUGACUCAAUUACUGAUGAACUUUUCGAUCAUCUUCAAAUCAAUCAUCAUGUUCAAGCAAUUUACAGUGAAAAUGAGUUUGUUAAUGCUUCUAAACGACAUAAAUUACGUCAUAUUAUAAAUAAACAAUGGCAACAACUUACAUUAGAUUUAACAUCUGAUAUCGUAUAUUUUCUCACAGUUGAAGGCGAAAAACAAGCAAAAGUAGAACAAAUGCCGUUGGCACAAGUCUAUUAUCGUCAAGCACGACUGUUGAAAGAAUGGGCCAUGUCAUUUCUCAAAGCUGAACCAUGUCAUAUUCUGCUCAUUCCACUGAAUAGCAGCCAAGAAAAUUUGGACAACACCUAUGAAGAAUUACAAAAAAUCUAAUUAAAACUUCUUUUUGUAUUUGCACUUAUAGGUACUAAACUUGGUUAUUCAUCAGCCAUAAUUCGAACACUCGACAAAUAUAUUUCUAUUGAUGCCGCAGAAAAAUCACAAUUGAUGCCGUAUAGUUCAACUUUAUUUAAUAAUGAACAUCCACAUUAUAUCUGUGAAUUAAUUAAAAAAUUAUCACCAUUAAGAUUCUAUUUAUAUGGUAAUGAUUAUUUUAUUUCAAGUGAUUGGAGUAAUUUGAUGAUUGCUCGAGAAAUUCAUGUCAUGGAAGAUGAAGAUAAUUGGUGUGCAUUUCUUGAAAAUGAACCUAUUGAUAAUGAAAUUAAAUGGAAUUUUAAACCUAUGUUCGGAGAAAAAUGGAAAGUAAAUCAUAUAUCACCAAUUAAUUUAAGUAAUUUAGAUAAAAAUCUUCGAUUUCAAUCAGCACUUCGACGAUCUUUUAAAACAUUUAGUCAACGUCAAAUUGAAGUGACGUCGACAAUUUUUGAAUGGUACGAUCAAUGUAUUCGAAAUGGUGAUCUCCAAUUAGAACCUAAAUUGACCAGUCAAGAAGAAGCAAAACUUCCGAGAACAAAGGGUGAAACAAGUAGAACACUAGUUCGAAACCCUGUUCAAAAUCUAUCAUUCCAAUCACUUCGUCCAUCAGUACGAAGAAAAGUAGUUUCAUUCAUUUGGCUUGAUGAAUUUGUAAAUUUUCCUCAAGAGUAUCUUAAUCGAAUAAUUAAACCAUCAACAUGGUACUUCUUUGAUGAUAUAUCAACUUGUAUACGAUAUAUUGAAGAUCAAUUACGAGAACAGAAACAAAUUUUUCUUGUUAUUUCGGAUGUACUUGGUCAAGAGUUAUUUCUUACAUACUUUAAUUUAAUGUCAUUAAUACCAUUUGUAUAUAUUUAUUGUUCUCGACUUAAUUUGAAUAUUGAUUGGAUAAAAAAUUAUUCUCAAAUUCAAGGAAUUUAUAAUGAUUCAAUAAAACUUAGUGAACAAAUAAAACAAGAUCUACAUCAAAGUUCUCAAUCUGGGUAUAUUAAUAAUAAUCAUCUGUAUCUCAACUCGAAUACAAAUCAACUUGAUUUACAAACAUAUAACACAACAUCGACAAUCUCAUUACCAUGGAUUGUCUAUAAUCAAGAGCAAACUCAUUUGUUCUUAGCUCAUCAACGUAUGAUUGAUACUCUUCUUUCUAUGCCACAUACAAUUGAAUCACGUGAUGAAAUGCUUGUCGAAUGUCAUCGAAUCUUUCAGGAUAAUGCACCAGCUCUAGCCGAAAUUAAUGCAUUCAAUCGAGGCUACAACUCAAAUAUUGCUAUUCAAUGGUAUUCACGCAAUGGAUUUCUUUAUCGAAGAAUCAAUCAAGUACUUCGAUCAAAUAAUGCCGACGAAAUAUUUAAAAUAAGAUAUUUUCUAAAGGAUCUCUAUGCACAACUUAAUGAAUUAUAUGUACAAGAAAGUUUAUGUGAUUCAUAUCAGCAACAAGAUAUAACAAUGGUUUAUCGUGGUCAGCAUAUGUCCAAAACAGAAUAUGGAUAUUUUCAAAAGAUUCAAGGUGAUAUUAUAUCAAUCAAUAUGUUUUUAUCGACAACUAAAUCAUUGCAAACUGCACUUGACUUCGCAAAUACAUCGAUGGAGAACAAUGAUAUGAUUCCCGUACUAUUCUCCAUUAAAAUACAUCGAAUCUGCAAAUAUAUUCGACCUGUUGCUGAUAUUUCCAAAUGUUCGGUAUUUCCAGAUGAAGAAGAAGUUUUAUUUUCUAUGGGUAGUAUCUUUCGUGUGCACAAUGUGGAUAUAUUUAACACAAAAGAUAACAUUCCUAUUAUACAUUUAACAUUGAUGGAUAUAAAAGAAUUUAUGAACAAUCACUUCGAAUAA